AUCAAACCCAAAUUGUCAAAAUAAUAGCGACCCAAAUUGAUACCCAAAAAAAAAAAAGGAUUAAUAAUAACAGUGAUUCAGUUCUUCUAUCAAAUCUGAUAUCCUUUCUUCCCCCUCAUAUGAGAUUUUAUGUUAGAAGCCGAGAUUAUUAGCAAUGAAAGGCGUCUUCUCGGCGCCCGGUGAUUAUGUUUACUUCAAGUCUCAAGUUCCUCUCCACAAGAUCCCUAUUGGCACGAAGCAGUGGCGUUACUAUGAUUUUGGUCCUAAAGUGGUUCCGCCAUUGAUUUGCCUUCCUGGAAUAGCAGGGACAGCUGAUGUUUACUAUAAACAAAUUAUGUCAUUGUCCAUGAAGGGUUAUCGGGUGAUUUCCGUUGAUAUUCCUCGUGUAUGGAAUCAUCAUGAGUGGGUUCAAGCAUUUGAAAAAUUCUUGGAUGUCAUUGAUGUUCAUCAUAUACAUCUUUAUGGCACAUCUCUUGGUGGUUUCUUAGCACAACUUUUUGCACAGCAUCGUCCAAGACGAGUGAGAUCAUUGAUACUAUCAAAUACAUUCUUGGACACACGCAGUUUUGCAGCUGCAAUGCCAUGGGCUCCUGUUGUCAGCUGGACCCCUGCAUUUUUGCUGAAAAGGUAUGUCUUAACUGGAAUACGUGAUGGUCCCCAUGAACCAUUUAUUGCAGAUUCUGUGGACUUUGUUGUUUCUCAGGUUGAAACACUUUCAAGAGAAGACUUGGCUUCCAGAUUGACCUUGAACGUUGAUGCUGCUUCGGUUGGAUCUCUUCUACUUUCAGAUUCAUAUAUCACUAUAAUGGAUACAAACGACUAUUGUGCAAUUCCUCAACAGCUCAAAGACCAAUUGAGUGAAAGAUAUCCUGAAGCAAGGAGAGCUUACUUGAAGACAGGAGGCGAUUUCCCAUUUCUUUCUCGCCCGGAUGAAGUCAACUUGCAUCUUCAGCUACACCUGCGACGAGUUGGGGUUGAAGCUCGACCAGAUUUGGUCCGCGGUAUCCCUAAAGACGGCACUGGAGGGAGUCAUAGUGAAAAGGAGAAAAAGAAAGAGGAUCCAGAUGAUCAACCCAAAGAUGGGGGAAGCUCCGAAAGUCGAUCUGGAGAAAAUCAGUUGGCUCCUGCAUCAGAAAUUUCAGAAUCACACGCUGAAGAAAAGCGGCUCUUUAGUAAUGCAAAAGGUUGUCUCAUUGCUCAGGAAGAUAUUUCACAUCUUCGUGAAUCACUGAGGAAACAACACAUCACAACCACUGAUAUCCUUCUGCAGUCGACUUGUGAGAGUAUUCUUCCAUUUUUGCUUGCCUCUUAUGUGCAAUCGCUGUACAUUACAACCAAAUUGUUGUCAAAAACUUGGGCAACUGGUGUAAAAUAGAUGCUCAGAUUAUGACUGUUCUCUUUUCUCUGCUAAGUUUCCACAAGCAUUUGUUGCAAAUUGACUCUCCUGGAGGUUGCUAAUGUUUUGGCUGAGAAUCAGUUCUUCUGUUUGACAUUGUUGUACAUUUUGUACAUUUGGCAUUCAAGAUUGUGAUAAUUUAAAAUGAUCAAGUGAAUUUUGUGCAUUGAAAGAA